GUCAACCCCCCCAAAUCUGACUAUAGAAUAAAAAAAUACCUUUACCCCAGCAAAUCUUCACUUUUCUCUCUUUUCGUUAUUUAUGUCAGCUCCUCAACAGUUUACCGUUAACGUCCCAGGAGCAGUCCAGAAGGACGGAGAAACCCUCCCAAGAAGACAUUUCAAAUUCGCUGAUGCCUUGGUCUCUCAUCCAGACGAUGUGACCACCAUGUGGGACGUGUUCUGCCAUGGAAAUAAAAUUGCUGGAGAUAGGGACUUUUUGGGUGUGCGUCCCAUACUCAAUGGCGUAGCCCAACCGUAUGAAUGGCAAUCUCACAAUGCUGUAAAGCGCCGCAUCGAAAAUUACGCCAAGGGGUUGCAAAAAUUGGGCCUCGGUCGUCAAGAGUCACUUGGUGUUUAUGGUGUCAACCGUCCUGAAUGGACCAUGACUGAACAAGCCUGUUAUCGUAAAGCAUUCAUCAUUGUCGCCCUUUAUGACACGCUUGGCGAGGAAGCUAUUGAAUAUAUCGUCAAUCAAACUGAAAUGAAGUACAUUGUGGCUACAUCCGAUAAAGUCAAGCGUCUAAUCGGCCUGAAGAACAUUCUUCCUACUAUUAAGUACAUCAUUGUCAUGGAUGACUAUGAAAUUGCCAGUGACCGUGAAGCUGCUAAGGCUGCUGGUAUUGAGCUUCAAACUUUCACUGAAGUCGAGAAGCUUGGUGAGGAUGCUGCUGAAGAGAAUGAUCUUCCCUCUCCUCAAGACAUUGCAACCAUUUGUUACACCAGUGGUACGACUGGCGCUCCAAAGGGUGCUGUCAUUACACAAGCUCAAUCCGUUGCUGUCAUUUACAGUAUCGUAGCAGUUGGUGACGCCAAUACAUUUGCCAAGGUUGACUACACCGAUUGUUAUAUUUCCUACCUGCCAUUGGCCCACGUGUUCGAACGAGCUGCUCAAGGUCUGUUUGUAUACACUGGUGGUGCUCUUGGUUAUUAUCAGGGCGAUACCGCUAAACUUUUGGAUGAUAUCGUCGAACUGAAGCCCACAGUCUUCUGCUCCGUCCCUCGUCUAUUCAACCGUAUUUACGACAGAGUAUUGUCUGGUGUCAAGAGUAAGGGAGGCGUGGCCGCUGCGUUGUUCUUCAUGGCCUAUGAAGCUAAGAAGGCCAACCUCAAGAGCACUACCAAGCACUGGUUGUGGGAUCGCCUUGUCUUCGGCACGAUUCGCCAACGCCUCGGUGGACGUAUUCGUUUCAUCUUGAGCGGAAGUGCCCCUGUGUCUCCCGACGUCAUGGACUUUAUGAGAAUCUGUUUCUCUGCCGAUGUUUAUGAAGGAUAUGGUCAGACUGAGAACUUCUGCGGCAGUUGUUUGACUGUUAGCAAAGACAACACUACUGGUGUUGUCGGUAUUCCCUUCCCUUGCUCUGAAAUCAAGCUCGUUGACGUGCCUGAUAUGGAGUAUACCUCCAAGGAUCAACCCUUCCCUCGUGGAGAGAUUUGUAUUCGUGGUAACUCCGUCAUGAGGGAGUACUACAAGAACCCUGAAAAGACUGCGGAGACCCUUGAUGAAGAUGGCUGGUUGCACACUGGAGAUAUCGGUCUUUUUGAUGAGUGUGGUCGUCUUGCUAUCAUCGAUCGUCUGAAGAACAUCUUCAAGCUGUCUCAGGGUGAAUAUAUUGCGCCUGAGAAGAUCGAGGGUGUUUACCAGAAGCACGAGUUGAUCGCUCAAGCCUUCGUCUAUGGUGAUUCUUUGCAAUCAACAUUGGUCGGUAUCAUCCACCCUGAUAAGGACGAGCUUCUCAAGUGGGCUAAGGCCAAGCCAGAGUACUCUGAUAAAUCAUUCGAAGAGCUUUGUGGUGAUGCAGCAGUGAACAAGGACGUCUUGAGUGCAAUGGGAGCAUUUGGCAAGCAGAACGGUCUCAAGGGCUUCGAACAAGUCAAGAAGAUCUACUUGACUGCUGAUGAGUUCACUGUUGACAACGACCUUUUGACCCCCACUUUCAAGCUUAAGCGUGAAGUUGCCAAGAAGAAGUUCGCCAGUGAGAUUGAGGCUAUGUACGCUGGUAGAAGCUUCAAUUAGUUCAUUUCUUUGUUCCUUUUGUCUCCAUCCAUUUUGGUCGUCCCUUUGCCCCAUUUUUCCCAUAACCGAUCGCAACCAACACAUAUCAAUGUUAUUCCUUAAUUGCCUUUUCCCAUAAAC